AUUGGAUGCUUUAGCACACAGUAGAGUCGCUUCUAUCGAGUCGAAAUGCCGAGUCCGACCGGAGACCUAUCCUCGUCCUCUAGCCAAUAUUUCUCAAUCAUCGACUAUGCCGUCUUCGGAGGAAUGCUCAUGUUUUCGGCUGCCAUCGGCGUCUACUUCGCGUUUUUUGCCAAACGGAAGCAGAACACGACCAAUGAGUACCUCAUGGGCAGUAAAAGCUUGGGAAUUUUCCCAAUCUCAAUGUCGCUUAUUGCCAGCUACAUUUCUGGGAUUUCAUUGCUCGGGAUCCCUGCUGAAAUGUAUUCAUUCGGGUCUCAGUACUGGAUAGUCAUAAUAUCGGAGGCCUUGGUCAGUCUGACGAUGGCAGUCGCCUUCAUUCCCGUAUUCUAUGGUCUCAACAUCACUUCUUCGUACGAGUAUUUAAGGCUGAGGUUCAAUCAGCCGGUCCGUCUCAUGGGAUCAAUCAUUUUCAUGAUUAAAAUGAUGCUGUACAUCCCAAAUGUAAUCUACAUGCCAGCUCUUGCCUUCAACCAAGUGACGGGCAUCAACAUACAUUACAUCACGCCAGUGGUGUGUCUGGUGUGCAUUUUUUACACAACCCUGGGUGGCUUGAAAGCUGUCGUUUGGACCGACACCCUGCAGACAGUUUUGAUGUUCCUCGGCGUCAUUGUGGUCAUGGUCUUGGGCACGAUCCAAGUCGGCGGAGUCGGAGUGGUUAUCGAAAGGACCACCAAGGGAGACAGGCUGGAAUUUUUCAACUUUGAUCCUGACCCCACGGCCAGACACACGGUGUGGACGUUGACGUUCGGCAAUUAUUUCAACUGGCUGGCCGCGUGUGCCGUGAACCAAGCGAUGGUGCAAAGAUGCCUGGCAAUGCCGUCGGUCAAACAAGCCAACAAGGCGAUCUUGAUUUUGACCUUCGGCAUAUUGAGCAUCGUCUCUAUGUGUUGCUACACGGGACUUGUGGUUUUCGCCGCUUUCCACGACUGCGACCCGAUCACGCGGAAGUUGGUGGGCAAAUCGGACCAAAUUCUUCCGUACUACGUCACUCAAAUCAGCAAGUACGUGCCGGGGCUGCCGGGUCUGUUCGUGGCCGGCGUUUUCAGUGCCGCACUCAGCUCCAUGUCUACAGGACUGAACUCGAUUACAGCCGUGUUCUAUGAAGAUUUUGUGAAACCCUCGGUGAAAAAACCUUGGUCCGAGGCGAAAGCAAGUUUCGUUAUGAAAGUUGUUGUUGUCAUCGUUGGCACAGUCUGCGUUGGAAAUGUGUUUUUGGUCGAGAAAUUAGGUGCCAUUAUUCAGGUGGUGAAAAGCUUAUCGGGCAUUACCGCCGGCGCCCUCCUCGGCACCUUUUCUAUGGGGCUUUUCUUUCCCUGGAUUAAUUCAGCGGGGGCUCUGGCUGGUGGAAUCAGUAGCAUCCUUCUCGUUUCCUGGAUUUCGUUUGGAACGCAAUUGAACAUCGCGGCAGGAAGAAUCACAUUUCCCAAAAAACCGUUGUCGGUCGAAGGAUGCUCGGCGGCGGAGCUUGCCGGUCUGAAUCUCAACCAAACCAUCUUUUACUCUGCAACACAAACUGACCAGGAAGUGUUUUAUUUGUUCCGCAUCUCCUACCUGUGGUACACCGUGAUCGGCGUUUCGACAGCUUUAAGCGUCGCUCUGGUGGUUAGUUUCGCCACGGGAGCCAACAAACCGAGCGACAUGGACCCGCGACUGCUCAGCCCCGUUAUAAGGAGAUUCAUUACUUUCAACAGCAAAUGUGACAACGAGCAGGCAAUCGAGUUGCAGAAAGCUCAAGAAAAGUUGCUCUCGAAGACGUGACGUUAAGACCCAUUCACGACGAGCUGUUUUUUUUAUCCUCAAUAAAAUGCAGGUUACAGUCUCUGA